CGUUCCCGGGCAAAGGAUCAAAAUGGCUGCUCUCAAGUCGAAAACCGCUUUUGGAAGUUUGAAAGAGGAGAGUGAAUCGACCCCUCGUAGAAUGAUCCUUGGAGAUCUCAAUGGCGCUCCAAAUGCGCAAGAAGAUCCCGCCUCGAAUAAAAUACGAAAAAAGUCUACUCUCGGCCCCGUUAGAAGCCCUCGUCCCCGGAGGCGUUCUAGUCUAAUCCCUCAACUAUCUCCGAUGAACAAGGAGGCUACAAAAAACGACCCCUCAACCAAGCGUUCGCCAAAGAAAUCCAAGCGGAAUUCUCUACUCACAGCUUUAACUACCAGUAGGAUGCGGCCUUCUCUACUAAAAAUCGGAGUGGAAACACCGACGAGCUCGAAGCCUUCAUGGAA